AUGUUCUUAAGUUUGAAAACAGUAAGAGUUAUGACUAAAAAAGUAGAAGCUGAAGAUUAUGACAAAUUGAGUAAAGAAGAUAAUAUUCAAUGCUUUCUUGAAAGUUUAUUUGACGAUCCUUAUGAAUGGAUUUGUCAACUAAGCUUUAUAUUUUAA